ACGAAUAUCUUACGGUGGUGGGUUAUUAUGUUACUGUUAGUAAUAGUAAACUAAGAAAUUACUCGAAUGGGUACUAUUUAUGAUGUUAUCUUAACGUAGUAUAAUUUCAUAUAAUUUAUUUUUCAGUAUUAAAAUUUAUUGAUAUCAUUUAUAAUCAAUAUGACUUCAUUUUCCCAAAUGAAAAAUGCUUUCGUGCGUGCUUCACUCGAUAAUGACGGAAGGACGGAUGCAAAGUUCAAAGCGACAACAACAAAUAGUGGCACUGGUAGUGGUACCGCGACAUACAAAAUAACGGUGAAUGACAAUGUUAAAAAGUUGAAAACAAAUCCAGAACAAAAUCCCGAUUUUGCAACGAUCACUGUUGUAACCAAGAUAGUCCUUUUUAUUCUGAAGAAAUGUUGGAUAAUGUGCGGGGCCUCAAUUAUGGUGAUAUUUGUUAUUUAUUGGUACUAUGGGAGUUUUCUUGCUCUUGGUUUGCUGUUCUUUGCCUUGACAGGAAUAUUAUAUCAAGUUGGAGACUGGCUGCUGUAUCAUCCUGAUCAACCUCCACAUUCCAGACUCUAUGUUCCAGCACCAGCGAUGUUUGGUUUGUCAGGAGAAAAUAUCCAUAUUAGUUCAGGUGAUGGGGUUAAGAUCAAUUUACUUCUAGUAAAACAGGACCAUUCUGUAUUUGGACAGGUUCCAACAAUACUCUACCUUCAUGGCAAUGCAGGCAAUAUUGGACACAGGUUAGCCAAUGUACGAGGUUUAUAUCAUUCCUGUGGGUGUAAUGUGUUACUUGUGGAGUACAGAGGAUAUGGCCACAGUGAUGGAACUCCUAGUGAAGAAGGGCUGUAUUACGAUUCUCAAGCAGGAUUAGAGUUUCUACUUCAAUAUCCUGGAAUAGACCGAUCCAAGAUCAUUGUAUUUGGACGGUCUCUUGGAGGAGCAGUUGCAGUAGAUUUGGCAAGCCGUCCUGAGUACAAUAAACAUAUAAUGGCUUUAGUCCUGGAGAACACUUUCACCAGUAUCCCUGACAUUGGACGGGUGCUGUUUAAUUGGAGGAUUGUAAAAUGUAUUCCCACAUGGUUUUUUAAAAAUCAGUUUCAGUCUAAAGAGAAAAUAAAAAAAGUACAACUUCCCACUUUAUUUAUCUCUGGAUUGGCAGACUUUCUCAUCCCUCCACAUAUGGUACAAGAACUUUAUAAAUGUGCUAUGGGAGAAAUUCAACAAACAACAACCACUAACUCAGCCUCAAGAAAUCAUAGGCUGCUAAUCUUUCUGUUCUUUUCAACUGUCAAAACCAAAAAAGGCAUUCAGUCUGGCAGGAAGCUUAGCAUGAACUCGAGAAGUCCGGUUAAAAGACUUGCCACUUUUGAAUCAGGGACCCACAACGAAACUUGGCAGUGUAGUGGUUAUUACAGAACUUUAAACUUAUUUUUUGAUGAUGUUAUGGUGUUAAGACAUCAGCAAGGUGAUUCCUGCCAUUGGCCUGCCCAGGAUGUUUGUGUUCAUGUUCCAGCUGAGGUGUUAUGAUGGCUUGAGAUGGUGAAGUUAAAUACCUGAUUAUUUAUAUAUAAUAAAACUUUAGGAUAUACCAUUAGUGACUUCAAAGAGACACAAAGGGAACCAAAGAAGUUAUAAAAAAAAAGUUUUCAUAUAAUUUGACUAAUUAUAUCAGUGUUGCUUUUUGAACCUAAAUAUAUAUAUUAUGUAUAUUUGGAAAUACUGGUGCCAAUAAUAGAAUUAGAAUAUAAGAAAAAAAUUCUAGAAACAUGUUGUUUUUUUUGUUUUUUUUUACCAUGCAAAUGCACUUUGACUUUUUUAUAAAACCUUUGGUUUGUAAAGCAUACUCGACAAAAAGGGUGGAAAACAAUGUAAUAGAUUUGUGAAGAAGACCUUGCUAGAAAGAAUUGGUAAUAUAUCAUGGUAGUUGUCAAUUUUUUUUUCUGUUAUUUCAUCUGAGAUAUAAUCUUGAAUAAUUUAGAAUUGAACUAUUUGAAAAUCUGUAUGAAUUAAAAACUGUUCAUUAUAUAAGUUUUCAUAUUCGUGGUUAAAUCUAGAUCAGUUUCAAAACCAUUAAAAUGUUUCUUCACAAAAAUUAAAUUAAAUAAUUACAAAAAUAUUGUAUUUGUCAUAAUGUUUCACUUUUUUGAAAGUGUAUAUACACAGAGGAAUCAAGUUUUGUCUCUAAAGAAUUUUUAAGGUAAGUCCAAUAAUUGCAAAUUUACUCUUUUUUUUUGCACAUAUUGCAGCAUUUAAAUAAAGUAUACUUGAUAUCUC